AUGCAGCACCAAAGUUGGGCCAGAUAUGGACAACCUCAGUCAUUGGAUGCGCGCUCCCGGCAGGUGGCGCAGGCACAGAACAGGCCAAUACUCCUGUCUGCGAACCAUCGCAGCCCUGUGCCUGCCAAAGUUUUGGCGAAACAGCCAAUUGCCACUCAGAAGUUGCAGCCACAGAAGGCCAUGAGUCCUAGGACGACGCUUUUGGUGAGAGAGGUGGAUGACAGAGCGCCGAGGAGCCCCUCGUCUGUGAGUUCGCUUCCAUCUGCAUCUAUGUCUGCCUGUAUGAAGGGCCGCAGUGGCUACCACAGCCCUCAGGAAAUGCCGCCUGCUGACGCUGCAGCAGGGCUUGGGCAUGGCCGUCGAGAGGCCAUCAACGAAAGCCAAGACAAGAUCAGUGGGUCAUCACCAUCGCACUUGGCGAGCACUUGCAGUACUUCUGCAAGUGCACGUGAUAGCUUGCCGUUGGGUGCUUUGCGGGACAAGCUUCGGGAGCUCUUGCCCAAAGAUUUGCAGGAGCGAUGCGAUGCGACUGCAUCCAAGGGUGAUGCCCCGAACAAUGCAGGCUCUAUGCUGUCUACCUCGCAGGCAGACUUUCAAGCAGAACUGAAGAAAGAGCAAAUGAGCCGUGAGGCUUUGGCCCAGAAGGUUCAGGAGCUCGAGGAGCGGCUCCACCACGCGACAAGCUCUAUGAGCCAGGUGGCAGAAGCCAGGAAUGCCACGGACUCCGCCACAGAUGCCAUGCUUAAUGCCCUAAGGCGAGGCAUGGAGGAGAUCGGGGAUAGAUGUGGAACAUUGGAAGCUGAGAAGGAGAACGGAGCUUGUACAGUAGUUCGUCUGAAAGACACAGAGGCAAAAUUCAACCAGAUGCUGAGAAAGAUGGAGGCUUUAACCCACUCGGCAGACUCCAGCCAGGGAGCAGCCAAGGACCAGGACCUGGUUGCAGCGGUUCACACCUUGCAGAGCCAGUUCCAAGUCUUGCAGGCGGAGAAGCGCCAGGUGGCCGAGGGUCUCAGCGCCAUGGCGCAAAAGCAGUUGCUUUUGGAGACGAUGCAACAAGAGCUUCGCGAAAAGAUCCCACAAGUCACUCAGACAGCUUCGAAGUUGAGCAACCUGGAGGGGUCUUUGGCAUUGCUGCAAGCGCAGCAAAAGGACUUGGCAGCCUCUGUGCAGGGUGUUGCCAACAUGUACCAGGCUUGUCCAGAGCAUGUCGGCUCCAUGGACAAAGUGGCUGUUGCCACCAUGCUGCAGCCCAUUCAGCAGUGCCAGCAGCAGCAGGCCAAGGACUUGCAAGAGCUGAAAGCCUUGAUCGAAGCCAAAGUUGGUGAAGAGAACGAGGUAGCAACAAUGGCAGAUGCCUUGAGCAUGCUAUGCACAAAAGUGGAUGAGCUUGCAAACGCCAAUCCGGAAGAUCGAUUCGGCGCUGAGUUAGGCACCAUUGCAAAGGCCUUAACUUCCUUGACAGAUCGUGUGGAUCAGCUGGAGGCGAAAGGCAAUCUGGAGGCAAGGCGCAUCCAGUCCCGUCGAGUGCAUCCUCCCAAACAAGAGAACAGCGGCCACGAGCGCCCAGCCCACGGAGGCGACGACCGUUUGCGUCGCUUCCAGCUUCAUGAGCUCGGUCCCGGAGAGUUGGUGCGAGACGUCUCCUUGGCCGCACUUCGUCUGUGGCUUGACGCCCCGGGGAGCGACGUGGAGAAGGCCCUGCGGAAAGCCAUGCGGGCGAAACACGCGGCCUUGAACCAGGCCACGCGAGCGGCGAUCGCACAGCGUGUCCUGGGCAUUGCCGUCUUCCACGGACGUUUGGUACAUCUCCUGGACAAGACAAGGAGCACACGGAGCACCGGAGAGGCUUCCACGGAGCAUGGAGGCUCUCUUUGGGCGGAAUUGCUCUUGGAGCUCUUUGUCCGCCGGGAGUUGAGAGAAGAGGGAGAAGACCGUGAAGAGAAAGGUCAGAAAGGUGAGUUGACGCGCAGAUGUGAGAAUCUCAGUGAGAUCGAUGAGCAAAGAGUGUCACAGGCAGUCCAAGCCCCACUCUUUGAGGCUCACGAGAAUGCUGUGAGCAUCGUAAGCCUGGCUCAACGCCUUGCAGUUGUUUGGUCUCUACCCCUUUGGAUGGCGGAAAGCUGGCUCCAGCAGUUCGGCGUUUGGUCGUCCUUCGCCCUGGGCCGUGCCAUGUCUCGUCCAGCUCGGGUGACCCUAAGGGUGAACACAUUCAACACCAGUCGCUUGGCCCUGAUGGAAAUGCUGAUGCAGCAUGGAAUACGCAGCAUCCCCACAGGUGAGAGCCCUUAUGGUCUUUGGCUUCCAGAUGGCCGUCCACCUGGAGGAGGAGUUUGGCAGUUGCCUGGUUACAGUGAAGGUCUUUUUGAGGUCCAAGAUGAAGGGUCUCAGUUGUUAGCUUUGGCCACCGAAGCCAAGACUGGAGAGUGUGUCGUGGAUUACUGCGCAGGUCGUGGCGGAAAGACUUGGCUGCUGGCGGCCUUGGUUGCGCCCACGGGCCGUGUGUAUGCCUGGGACGUCGAAGAGGAUCUGCGAAAACAACUGCACGGUGCUCGUGCAAAGCGCGCUGGCGCAUCCGGUCUGGUGGAAGUGCCAAGCAGCAAACCAGGGCCUGAAAUGAUUUCUGGUGGGGCUGAUGUGGUUUUGGUCGAUGCCCCUUGUUCGUCCUCUGGAGUUUUGAGACGACAUCCAUCUCAACGCUGGGCCUUGAAGUUUGAAGAGUUGUCGCAGAUUGCAGCACUCCAACUUGCAAUUUUGGAAGAGGCCUCGCAACUGGUGCGUCCGGGUGGCCGUUUGGUUUAUGCCACUUGUUCUUUGAUGCACGUGGAGAACAGCGAAGUCGUAGAGGCUUUUGAAGCGCGCGCCGGGCAGAGCUUUCUCCCAUGGCCCUUUCAGAGGCACUGCCGUCGGCACUGCCGUACCUUGCUGCCUCACGUGGAUGGGACUGACGGCUUCUUCAUGGCUCGCUGGGAGAAAAGUCUCGCCUCGAGCAUGGCGGACUUAGAUGACAAUCUGGAUGAGGCAGAAAGAGUCUUUGAGAGCCAGUACGAACGUGUGGAGCCCUCCCUCUUAGGAGAGGGGACAUACGGAAAGGUCUUCAAAGCCAGAUCCCUUCGUACUGGAGAGUUGGUUGCCAUGAAGCAGAUGAAAAUUGAGGGCUCUGAAGAUGGAAUGCCCAGCACUGCCCUUCGAGAGAUUGCACUCUUGAAGGAACUGAAGGAUCAUCAGAACAUUGUGAAGCUGCUCAAUAUUUUCUACAAGCCGAGCAAGUUAAUCUUAGUGUUUGAGUUCGUCGAGAACGAUCUGAAGAAGUACAUGCGCUCCAUGAGCAACAAGCUGUCGCCUGCGGCGGUGAGGAAUUUUGCGUUGCAGCUUUUCGAAGGGGUGCAGUUCUGCCACGCCAGCCGCAUCCUGCAUCGUGAUCUGAAACCGCAGAAUCUCCUCAUCGACCAGCACUUGAGACUGAAGAUUGCUGACUUUGGCCUAGCCAGACCAUUCCAUGUGCCACUGGGGGAGUACACACAUGAAGUGAUUACGGUGUGGUACCGGCCACCUGAGAUCCUGCUUGGUAGCCAAAUAUACAGCUUGCCUGUGGACUUGUGGAGCAUUGGCUGUGUGAUUGCAGAGAUGGCCAUUGGCAGCGCGCAGUUUCCGGGUGAUUCUGAGAUUGAUACCAUUUUCAAAAUCUUCCAGAGGCUUGGGACGCCUACUGAGGUGUGA